UAUUCACUUCAUUUCAUUCUUGCACUGUUUCCCACAAUUGAGACAACACAGCGACAAUGGAGCUGUCUACCAAGUUUCUUUCCACGGUGUGCGUGGCAUUAGCCGUGACCAUCAUUGUUGUCUUCGCACAUCCUCAGAGACAAAGCCAGCAUCGGAGACAUCCCAACCACAACUAUGGAGAAGUAGAAGUGGACAACAUGCCGUCUGCCACCCAACACGGUGGUGGUCACGGUCACGGCGGUCGCGUACAAAUCAAAGUCUACAGAGGCCAAACAAAGGGAGGUCAUGGUUGGGGAUGGGAAGGAUUCGCUCCAUACGGUUACUGGGUCCGACAGCCUCCAGAUAAUCACGGAUGGGGUCAUUAAAGGACUCGAUAAAUUGAAGUAUUGAACGCACCAAACAGCCUGUUAUAACAUAUGAACUAAAUAUUUUGUUAAAUAAAUUUGUACAAUUUUUAAAUCA